AACGAACUAGGUCUGGCGUCUGUUCGAUAAGCAAUGUCUUUCCUCCAUCCUGCUUUGAUAGGCAUCAAUACGAGAAAAGUAUCAUCGUAAUAUGUGCUUCACCGCGAUGUCAGCUGAACCUGCGAUCCAAGACCGGGUGAAGCCACCCAUCGAUUCUCUUCCCCCCGAAAUUCUGUCCGAAAUCUUUCUCUUCGCCAUCACAAGGCCCUACAGGAUGUUCGGAGAUCUAUAUCGCGGACCGUGGCUACUAGGAAGGGUCUGCCGACGAUGGCGCGACACCGCAUGGAGCUGCGCUGCUCUGUGGUCGUCAUUUUCGGUUCAUUGGCCUGAACACGGGAAAGAAGACGUCGGAGAAAGGCUGCUCAUGGACGCGCUUCGGCAUACUGGACACAAGGGGCUUUCGAUGACGAUACUGUUAUCCAAUGACUUCCCAAAUGCCAUCAUCCAGGGUCUGGUCCGGCAUUCAUCGCAGUGGGAAGACGUCCAUAUACCCACUCCUUCCUGUCUUCCAUGGACCCAAUUAACGCUAUCCAAUCCUCCUUCACUCCAUCUUCCAUCUUUAAAAUCACUUGUCGUGGGUAGGCAACCAACCGUGGACAGCCUCGCCGCCAUCUUGAGCAUGUUCUCACACACGCCCAACCUGCGAUCCUUCAAAUUCAACAUAUACCACACUCGUUCUGAUUUCGACCCGAGCGCCAUCGGAGUGCCGUGGUGGCAGCUCACGUCCUUGGUCAUGGUUUUGGGGCCGAUGCGAGAUUGUCCCGUGGAGGCGAGCAUCAAGGUUCUCCGUCUCUGCUCAAACCUCGAAACGUUGAGAGAAGAGACUAUACUCCACUCUGUUCCAGAAUCCAUCAUGGUGACGCUCCCGAGACUUGGCUCGCUCAGCGUCAGGUCCCCUGAGAUACUAUACUAUCUCGUUUGUCCAGCGCUAGAACACCUGUCAAUCCUUCCGCGAUACGAUGCCCCAUUCUCUAUACCGCCCCUCUCGCAGCUCAUCGCUCAUUCCAGAUGUCAACUCCGCUCUCUCGAUAUUUGGCUAUGGCGCCAUCUGGCAGACCCAGGAGAACUUUUCUCGUGCGUGCCGCACCUCCGCAAAUUGGUUCUUCGCGUGGAAUGCUACGACAAAGACGUGGCAGAGCUCCUCAAAUAUCUCACCUUGGGUGACACGAGCAUGAUGCUCCCCAGUUUGAACAUCUUCGAGCUGAAGGUGCAGGAGCUUUUCACGGGAAAAACACACUUGGAGGAAUUGGACGAAGUACUGGUUAGGAUUAUCGACGCGCGCUGGAACGUUCCUAAAGAAUUAUCGGUCGCCCAGUUGCGUCAAGUGCGAAUCAGCAAGAAGACCAGGCUACUCGGAACCUUAGGACGUUGUCUCGUGUCGACCGUCUGAAAUCCUUCAAGACAGAAGGAUUGGAUAUAUCCAUCAUUUUUGAACAGGAGAACGGAUACGGAUGGAUGGAAGACCGUGUCUUUCUGUGAUGCA